ACACAGACAGUCCGACUCGCAGCCGGCCGGCCUUUCACAUCAUCUCAUUUUCUUCCGAGAGGAAAACACACGAGCUCAAGUUUGUGUGCGCGUAACUGAAAAGGUUAUGAUUGAUAUUUUUUAGGAGUUUUGCAGCACGCUAACCGGCUGAGUAGGUUUGACUUUUGUUAGGGCUCUUUUCCCGGCCAAGUCCCCGCGCCGCACGGACUACAAUGCGAAGGAUUUUGGAGCUUUGGCUCACCUUAGUGACAUUCUGCGCCCUGGGCGAGAGUGUUUUGGGGGGCUACGGGCUGAGCAUGUUUGCCGCCCAGUCCUCCCCGCCGGACCCGUGCUACGACGAGAACGGGAAUCCCCGAAGGUGCAUCCCCGACUUUGUCAACUCAGCCUUCGGCAAGGACGUGCGAGUGUCGAGCACGUGCGGCUCCCCCGCGGCCAGAUACUGCGUGGUGUCCGAGAAGGGGGACGACAGGACGCGAGACUGCCACACCUGCGACGCGGGGGACCCCAAGAAGUAUCACCCGUCCGCUUACUUGACGGACCUGAACAACCCGCACAACCUCACCUGCUGGCAGUCGGAGAACUACGCGCAAUAUCCCCAGAACGUCACCGUCACCUUGUCCCUGGGCAAGAAGUUCGAGGUCACUUACGUGAGCCUGCAGUUUUGCUCCCCCAGGCCAGAAUCCAUGGCCAUCUACAAGUCCAUGGACUACGGCAAGUCCUGGGUGCCGUUCCAGUACUACUCGACCCAGUGCAAGAAGAUGUACAACCGGCAGAACAAGGCGGUGAUCACCAAGCAGAACGAGCAGGAGGCCAUCUGCACCGACUCGCACACGGACAUGCACCCCCUGACCGGGGGUCUCAUUGCCUUUAGCACCCUGGACGGGAGACCCUCGGCGCACGACUUUGACAACUCGCCGGUGCUCCAGGACUGGGUGACGGCCACCGACAUUAAGGUCAUCUUCAGCCGGCUGCACACCUUCGGGGACGAGAACGAGGACGACUCCGAGUUGGCCCGGGACUCGUACUACUACGCCGUGUCGGACCUGCAGGUGGGCGGACGGUGCAAGUGCAACGGUCACGCGUCCAAGUGCGUCAAGGACAGAGAAGGUCAGCUGGUGUGCGAGUGCAAGCACAACACGGCGGGACCCGAGUGCGACAGGUGCAAACCUUUCCACUAUGACCGACCCUGGCAGCGCGCCACGGCGAGGGAGGCCAACGAGUGUGUCGCCUGCCACUGCAACCUGCACGCUCGCCGCUGCCGCUUCAACAUGGAGCUGUACAAGCUGUCGGGCCGCCGGAGCGGAGGCGUCUGCCUGAACUGUCGUCACAACACGGCGGGCCGCCAUUGCCACUACUGCAAGGAAGGUUUCUACAGGGACAUGAGCAAGUCCAUCUCACACCGGAGAGCUUGCAAAGCCUGUGACUGCCAUCCAGUCGGAGCAGCGGGGAAGACGUGUAACCAGACGACAGGCCAGUGCCCUUGCAAGGACGGAGUUGCGGGAAUCACCUGCAACCGAUGUGCCAAGGGAUACCAGCAGAGUCGCUCUCCCAUCGCCCCCUGCAUCAAGAUUCCAGUUGCAUCACCGACGGCGACUUACAGCAGCUACGAUGAGACAUCAGAUUGUGAAUCCCACUGCAAAGCUUCCAAAGGGAAAAUGAAGAUCACCAUGAAGAAGUACUGCAAGAAAGACUACGCUGUGCAGGUCCACGUGCUCAAAGGGGACAAGGCGGGCGAGUGGUGGAAGUUCACCGUCAACAUCAUAUCGGUCUACAAACAAGGCGAGCAUCGCAUACGCCGCGGAGACCAGCUGCUGUGGGUGCGCGCCAAGGACGUCGCCUGCAAAUGUCCCAAGAUCAAACCCGGGAGGAAGUACUUGCUCAUGGGCUCGGACGAUGACGACUCCCCCGGGCAGAGCGGGGUGGUGGCGGACAAGGGGAGCCUGCUCGUCCCUUGGAAGGACCUGUGGGGGCGUCGCCUUCGGAAGUUCCAGCAGCGCGACAAGAGGGGAAAGUGCUAAAGAGAAAAAAAAAAGAAAAGGGAAAGGGAGGGAGAAGUUGGGGCCAUUCUCCAGUGGGAUGCAAUGAAGAAGGGAUGACAAACAAAACUGGAAGAAUGAUUUCUAGAGGGGUGACUGCCUGCUGCUGCUCUGAGUUGGGACAAAAGUUCAUGAAAAAAAGUUUUUUUUUUGUGUUUUUUUGCGAAGGAGCUCAUUACAUGGUCAUUCUGUUUCUGUUUGUUUGUUUGCAGGCUUUGCACCGAAUGUUCAGGAUGAGUUAGAUCACAAUCCGUCAAAAUCCCCCUAGUCAUCUGUGACGCCAUUUUUUAUCCAAACAAUACCCUGAAUUCGACGUGAAUUGAUUUUACCGUGAAUUUUAAAAAAAAAAAGAGGUGUCCAGCAUUUCUUAAUCAAAAGUGUGAACGCGUUCGUCGAGGUGGUCAGCUUCUCAAAUGUCGACGCUGUCGCAGGCCGGCUCAAAGUAACACGAUGUUGUCGCGGUGACCUCUGCGUUAAGCGUGAGCUCAUUUUGUGUGCAUAAAUAGACGAUAGAUAGAUGUCAUAACGUCAGUGUAGAAUAGACACAUCAACCCUGCACUUAUUGAUUAGUUGACUAUUUUAGAACAUAUGAGAUAUGUUCAUAUUUUCUCAAGUGGCAUCCAAAAGGGUAAACAUUUCCUCUUUUGUGCCAUUUCAUGCAAAAAAAAUAUAUAUAUACUGUAUAUGUAUGCAUCUGUAUAGUUACAUUUAUGUGAUAUUAACUAUUGGAAAGUGCCACUUGUACAGAUAAAUAAUGCUUCUUUCCCUGAUGAAUUGUUAAUGAAUGUCCGCAUGGCUUUUCUGGAUGAGAACCCAACCAUUUAACUUUAUUAAUACCUAACUUGUUUAUUUGUGCUGUCACUCUAAAUACACAUUACCGUAACAAGAUGGUGACAUUUUUUAUUCUGAGUAAGAAAGGUCGCCCCCCCCCCCGCCCUUCCCCCCUCCCCGGAUCAGUAGUGCUAUAUAUAUAUUCCACUCGACAAUUGCUUUAACUCGGUGUUAUUUGUUCCCGUGCACCGCCACACUCUUUAUGCAGUAAAUGAAAUAUGCGUUACUUUCUAUAGAUGUACAAAAAAAAACUACAGUGACCUGCUGAAAACCCGAAAGCUUGCUGAAUGGCAAAUGUGGCGUUUCACUUCAAAUAAAUAAGCGUCUUUAAUAAAAAAAAAUAUGAGAAUAACUGUGGGUGAUUGAUGGCUAUCGGUUCCUUGUGAUGAAUCUUUGGUGCGAUGGUGACACUUUCACGUGGAGUGAUGAAGAUCAAGUUGAUCGACAAUUUUUCCACCAGCUUGACAAUUUCAAUUAUGUCAUACGAUGUCAGACACUAAUAUCGACAAAUUACCCCCACCGGUGCUCCUCGGUUUCCCGAUGCAUCGUACUUGUAUUUGACAUUUCAAAUAUGCUCAUCAUGUCCACGCCACAAUAAAAGCCAAGUGGUUUUGCAGAAAGGUACUCUUAACGCACCUCUGCCACCCCCGACUCCCCUUCGAGAUCAUAUCGGAAUUCAUCAUUUUAUACAGUGACACGGUGACUAGCGGUGGCCGUUGAAAAGGUGGUGUUAUGUCUUGUAAUACUAAUGUAUUAUGUUUAUCAAAGGAAUAUAUUUAAUGAUGUGUGAAACUUUGUGGGGGGGGGGUCGUGUUUUUUUUUUUUUGACUUUGCAUUGAUUUAUAGAUGGCUGUAAUGAAAAGUAUCGACGUGGUUGCCAGUUGAACGGCCUGAUAGCAAUGAAAAUUAAUUCAUCAGAAAUAAAGCUGCGUUAAAAAAAAUAGAUGAGCUCUGCUGAUAUCCGAUUUUUCUUUUGUAUUCCCCUUGCAAUAGCAAUCCUAUGCAACCUAUUGCAUUUAUUCAAUAUACAUCCAAUGAUUUUGAUUGAAUAAAACACUUUCUGAUUGGGCUCUAACAUUUUGCUGGCUAAAAUAUAAUAAAUACUCACCAUGCUUUAAUCC